GAGAACGGACAUUCUUCAAAAGGAGGACGUCUGGAGAUGGCAAAGUGUCUGGAGGUGCCCAGGUUUCCCGAAGUCUUGGAUUCUUGACUGCCCGGGUAUCAGCGAGAAAUAAUUGUCAUUCAUGGUGUUGAUGCCUUUGGGAGAAUCUUGAUUGCCCCAUACGCCUCAAGACGUGAGAGUCUCUAAGUCUUAAGUCAGAUAAGUAGAUGCGUUUCUUGUUCAAUCCACUUUCUGCAUUCUCCUUCACUCCUUCCUUCCAUCCUUCCUUCCUUCCUUCCGUGUAGAGACCACCUGUCCUGGAAUAUGAAGGUACUCUCCGGCAAGGCGGUGUGGGGCGCCCUCUAUAACAACAGCGUGUUCCUGGUCAACUUGGCCUUCCUCGUAAGCUAUUUCCUGGUGGAGGAGCAGCCUCGGGCCAGCAUUGUCUACUCGUUCGUGGCCUACAGCAUCAUACUGACGCGGCUGUGGAUGGGCCAGGUGUUUUUGGCGGUGUUCACCAUAGCCGAUACAUACGUGGCCAAAGUCAGGGUGCAGAAUUUUCUGCUCCUGGAGGAACUUGACCACUCAUCCAAUGUGGAGAAAUCUAACCUGAGACCCAAACCGGAGGACGCCUUUGUUCAACUGGACGGUGUGACUGCCAAGUGGGAGGGGGAGGGGUCUUCCCUCCUGAUGAGCAUCCUGGGAGAGCUCCCGACCCAGAAGGGUGAUGUGCGGGUGUCCGGCCGUGUGGCCUACGUAUCCCAGCAGCCUUGGAUCUUCUCGGGAAGCGUGCGACAGAACAUCGUGUUUGGUGGCGUUUUCGACAAGUCGCGCUAUGACAAGGUCGUCAAAGUCAGCGCGCUCAAGCGGGACUUUGAAAUCAUGCCACAAGGUGAUGCUACGCUCAUCGGAGACCGGGGCGUGAGUCUGAGCGGGGGUCAAAGGGCGCGCGUGUCACUGGCCCGUGCCCUCUACAUGGACGCUGAUAUCUACCUGCUAGAUGACCCGCUCAGUGCCGUGGACACAGCUGUUGGAAGACAUAUCUUUGAGAAAUGCAUUGUGGGCUACCUCAAGCACAAGCCGAGAAUUCUGGUGACUCACCAAGUCCAGUUCUUGCCUGUAGCUGACAACAUUUUUAUUCUGAAAGAGGGUAAGAUAGAGAGUCAGGGUUCCUACGACGACCUCUCCCAGUCCGGCGUGGACUUCGCGGAGCUGCUGAAGCAGACGGAGGAGGAGGAGGGGGAGGAGGCUGUCUCUCCAGGUCUGACCUCUGUGCCCGAGGAGGUCGCUGUGCCGCCCAUGCCAGAUGUACAGGAUCUGGGAUCUCAGAUGUCGCUGCACAGUAUGGUGGAUGAUUACGAGCCGGAACCGGUCCAGCUGCCGGAGCAGGAAGAACGCGCGUCGGGCACGGUUGGCUUUGGCGUGUACCUCGAGUACUUCAAGGCGGGCACGGGCGUGUUAAAGUUCACCUUCCUUGUGCUGGUGAACAUAGCUGCACAGGUGUUUUAUGUGGGCAGUGACUGGUGGCUGUCUAGAUGGUCUAACCUAGAAGAGGACCGCUACGCGGCCAUUAAAGCGCACGAGCAUUUCCUGGCCGACAACAACAUCACAGACCUGGCCAACACCAGCCUCAGCAGCAACAUCACCAUCCCUUACGUGGACAGCACCUUCAACAUCGGCAUCUUCUCCGCCAUCAUCGCCGUAGUCUUCCUCUUUGGCUUGGUCCGUGCGCUGCUUUUCUUCAAGAUCGCGGUCGACGCCUCCCAGACCCUUCACAACCAGAUGUUUGCUCGGAUUCUCCGCUCGCCUAUCUCCUUCUUCGACAACAACCCUGUCGGUCGUAUCCUGAACCGCUUCUCCAAAGAUGUGGGCCACAUGGACGAUCUUCUCCCCGUCACCUUCUUCGACUUUAUCCAGUGUUCUCUGCUCAUCCUGGGCAUCGUCCUGGUGGCGGGCGUGGUCAACCCGUACGUGUUCAUUCCCACAGUGCCCCUGGGCAUCAUGUUUGUGAUCGUGCGACGCUACUACCUGCAGACGUCCCGCGGCAUAAAACGACUGGAGGGAACCUCGCGUAGCCCCGUAUUCUCGUACCUGAGUGCCACGCUACAAGGUCUACACACCGUGCGCUCCAUGAAGAUGGAAGAGAAGUUCAUGCAGGAGUUCGACAACUACCAGGACAAACACUCCGAGGCCUGGUUCCUGUUCCUGGCCACUAGUCGCUGGCUGGCCGUGAGGCUCGACUGGCUGUGUGCCGGAUUUGUCAUCGCUGUCACUUUCUGCUCCGUAUUUGCGGCUGAAUCCAUGAGCCCUGGCCUGGUCGGUCUGUCCAUCACGUACACGAUGACCCUUAUGGGGAUGUUCCAGUGGGGGGUGAGGCAGAGUGCCGAGGUGGAGAACCAGGACCCAGUGCUGUUCACAGGCUCUCUGAGAAAGAACCUUGACCCCUUCAGCCACCACAAGGACGACGUGUUGUGGAAAGCGCUCGAUGAGGUGAAGCUGAGGGAGCAGGUGAAGGAGCUGCCCGAGGGUUUGGGUGCGGAAGUUUCCGAGGGCGGGAUCAACUUCAGCGUGGGUCAGCGACAACUGAUCUGUCUGGCCCGCGCCGUGUUACGGCAUAACAAGAUACUGAUGAUUGAUGAGGCUACCGCUAAUGUGGACCCUAUAGCUAACUCUCCUCGCGUGGCAAAUGGCGUCAAGCCUGGCACGCUGCGGCCGAAGGACGACCCACGCAGCGACAGCACCUUGAACGACGUGCCAUCCAGUCUGAACAGCAACGACCUUGCCGCGACCUACGACAUCUCCGACAUCGAGACCAGUCUCAGAACGAUGGACGAUGACGACGACAAUGCUUCUGACGCCACGGGAGACGAGAGGAGGGUCAAGGUCGCGGCGGAUGAUGACAAGGGUCAAGACGCAUCUGAGAGGUCGACGGCAGAGUCGGAGAGAGCGUCUUUACUUCCUGCCUCGGGUUCGGCGUCUUCCUCCAGCGCGAAGACUGCGGGUAAAGGCUCGGCUGCCGUGAAAGACUCUGCCCAAAAGUCUCGGGGCAAAGAUGAUGGCGUUGACGAGGAGGAGGAAGAGGAGGAGGAUGAUAUUGAUGAAAGUGACGUAUUGCUCAGGUCUGGGGAUCGGGGUCAAGUGUCAGACAGCAAAGGUCACGGGGGUGGUUCUUUAGACGUAUGAAUGAGACGUGAGCGUUAGACAGACGUGCAGUUGGUAGGAGAAGAUUCCCUGGUAUUUUAUAUAUGGGCAAAUGAGUGCCAGAAUCUAGUAAAUCAGAUCCCCCCCCCCCCCUUUUUUUUCUGCGUUUCGUCAUCAUACUGUUCUACUGUUCUGAGCCCAAAAGGAAAGGCAAAGUUUUCAACAAAAAAAUAUAAAUAUUUUUUUUCCAAGGAAUCUCAAGCUUUGCUUUGGCAGCCAUCUUCUUGUUAAUUUUUCUAUGGCAAAUAUCUCGACUUCUGUUGAAGAAAGAAAGGGAGAAAACUCUUUUAUUCUUUUA